UUAUACAGUUCUGCGAAUUUCUUGCUGCACAAAUAACCUGAUGCAGUUAUUAGUAAAAGGGAAUGCUGAUCGAAUGGGUUAUCGUUAUAUUUGAUUCUUGUCACGACAUGUAAAUCAUAUUAUGCCGUGAUUGCAAAUUAUUUCCCGAGAAUAGACUUCAGACAUUUUAAAGUGAAACAAGUCGCCCCAUCAUCAGCUCCACGGGUUUCGAAUCCGAGGAAUUGGCGCUCUAGGGAAAUUCCUGAACAUCAAUGGUAAAACUCUUCAAUUCGGUACAGUUCAAUUUUCUACUGCUUGCAUAACAAUAACCUUAUGUUAUCAAAUACAUAAAAAUAGAUUAACAAUGACUCGAUAUCCCUCAGUAAUGAGAUGAUUCCUCAGCCCUUUUAUUCAUUUUCUGAGGGUUGAAGAAUGAACUUAUUUUUCAAGAGUUCGACACGCUCAGAUAAAAGCACAGUUUAAGAGAAAUGCUAAAUUAUAUUCUAAAUUUUGUCACGUUGUCUGCAGUUCUGACGGGAGCCUAAGAGGUCACUUUGUAUAAUAAUGACCUCCAUGUGAUCUUCUUCUUAGAAAAGCAAAAUGAAAGAACUGACUAUUAGAACCCGCAUGGCCAUAAUUUGUAAUGAGCAUUACCCUAGAACAAAUCGCAUCGUAAAAUACAAAUAUCGUUUUUAUUAUAUAAUAAAUUUCUUUCGUGCUGCUAUUUAUUUUGAAUAGGAACAUUUUUUUUCUUACUUUUCUUCUGCGCACAUCCGGUAUAAUAUAAAGUGUAGCUCUUUUGUAAAACUUACUUUAUAGAAGAGCCGUCCCACUUGAGUUUAAUAAAUACAAGAGUUAAAAUUGUAGUUGAAUUUUAAGUAGUGAAUUUUAUUUUCUUCCACGAUCAAUGCGCCUAAUCUGAGUGUGGUAGGAACGUUUAUAGACGAAGACAGGAGCUUAAAGCUGACAUGGACCAUCAUUUCAUUUAAUGACGACUAAAGGUGAAAUCGCGAUGGGAAUAUAAGAGAGAAAGGGAGAGCAAAAUUACGGGCUUCUGAUAUUCGAAGGUCUCGACUGUAUUUGACCGCAGCUUGGAGAGUUGAGGAGUCACUAAUAAUUUAAGUAAUGUGAAAGCCAGAAUGUGUUCCGGAAAAACGUAACAUGUUCGCUUCUUACGUCUCAGUCGUAAGUGUUACAUGUAGCAUUUUAACCCCUGCCGGAAAUUCUAAUCUUAAAAAUCAAUAUUACUCACUGACUGCAUAGGCUUAUGUCUUUGAAUCAAUGCUAGAAGGUCUGUGAAUUACAUGUAGAUCACCCGCUGGAACCCUUUAAAUAGACUGGGUACGACUUUAACAAAUUCACAUCAAAGGGUGCGUUCCUUUGGGGUGAUCUGGAUCAGGAUCAGGGAUCCAAGAUCACUCGGAUCAUGAUGCAUCAAAGGAACCACUGAAUCCGUGACCAGAGUGGGUUUGUCGGUUCCUUUAAUGCACCAUGAUCGGUGUGAUCUUGGAUCACUAAUCCUGAUCCAGAUCACACCAAAGGAACGCACCCAAAGUUUGGGACCUUGCUUGCGCUCGGUUAAACUCUUGUGAUUCACGGAUGAGUAAAGGUGUGACGGUAUUACUCGGCGAGUUUCCCGAUUCUUGGAUAUGACUAGUUUGAUGGAUAGGGAGGGCCUGUAAUUGCCACGAGGAGGGAGGGCUGGUUCCCCGCACUCUAGCUCUAAGCUUAUAGAAAAGGGUUAUCGAGCCAAGAACUGAAAAGUUCCAGUCAGAAGGUGUUUAAAAUCUGGGUCUUCCACCUUCUGGUAGUACCCUCAAAUAAUACUGGAUAAUACUGACUCUUUGUGAACUUUGGAGAAGUAUGGAGGGCACGGUCACAGCCCAUUUAAUAAAGACGCAUGGAUUUGACUGACUACAUUUUUGCCUAUAGAACAAAGCGUCGACAAACAUAAUAAGCUCACAUUAAAUUGAAAGUAGUUUUUCUUGUCUUAAAUCAAAUUUGCGCAUAUGGACCCAGUUUCUGUUAAAAUUGGCUGUAAAAGGAAAUUUGAAGUUAAAUUUGAUAAUUAUAAACUGCCCUGUGUCCUACGUUUCUUGGCCAAUAUGUUAACGCUUGCGAACUCGUCACUAAUUUCAGUCGCUGAUAGUCAAGAAAUUAUACUAUUGUGUAAUUAAUUCCUACGGCUAUCAGAGAGACUCACUGCGCAUGAGCAAGAGGGAGUAUGCGCGGAAAACCUGAGGGAACCACUCGAUUGUGUUCCAAUGACGCGUUGAAGAUGCAGCGUAUUCUAUCUCUCCAGCUUUACGCACAGUUCUAUUACUUUUUUACUCCUCUUUUCACUGUGCGGUUGUAUAAAACAGUCUAUAACAUAACUAUAUAUCAUCUGAAUUUUCACACUCUGUUGCUUACACCGAAAAACGAACAUACAACGACGAACUGCAUCGACAACGAACUAAUGGCCUUGAACUUGAUGAGUCCGAGCCGAUCUUUUAUUAGCUGGAGGGAGUGAAAACAAAAUUAUGAACUGAAGCUUAGUUGAGGAAACAGCAGAAGAUUUCGCAAGUAACGUGUUUGUUGCAACGUGCUAUCAGUUAACAAAGGAGUAGGAAAGGGUGGAGAAUAAUGUAAGCAGAAGAAAUGGGGAUAUGCAAAAUCCUUCAACAAAAUAAAAUCAUUUUUAUUCAGAACUUUCAGCACCUACUAAUGUUCGAUUAAUUAACUUUGUUCAGAUGCCUUUUUUAACCGGAAAAUCAGGAAAUUUGUGGAACGUUUUGGAAAAAAAAAAAAUAGAAAAACCCCGGAAGUGAAUGUUCUUCACUAGUUUAGCUGACCAGCUGAUAAGAAAAGCGUCAUCCUUUUUGCCUUUUUUUUUCAAGGUUUUCCUAUAAUUUCCUCGUUAUUUCACAAAAUUGAGAGCAAUGAUAGCAGUAAAGAACGUAACUCAUACAAGUACUGUUGAAGAGGAACGAAACGUCGAUGUUCAAAUAUCAGAAACCCGGAAAUCAGUUUGCGUUCUCGGUUAUCACAUCAACUCGGAAAUGUAUGGCGUACUAUGAGUAAGUGGCAUGGUGAGGGCGAAAAGGAGGAACUGCCAUCGUCUUGCAGGUGUUUUCUGAAUAAAUUUACAAAUUUUGUCUUUUUUUAGCGAAGGAAUACAUAAGGAAAUGAAACUGUAUGUCUGAAUAAGUAGUACUACGUGUUGUUCCAUUCAGGUCAUCGCUUACAUGAGGUCAAUAUAAGACAGAAAGUGAUCAUUAUAGCUUCGAGCAAAGGAGGAAGUCGUCAUUUUGUUUGUAACCGCGUGAAACAGACAGAAAACAUUUAGUUCGUUUAUCCCUGUGUUCAGGUUUACACGUCAAAAAAGGCUCUCUUCAGGUAAAGUUAUUCGGAGGACAAAUUUCUGCCAAUAUUUUUAGAGUCACACUGUAUUGCAGUCCUGCCCAAGCUCCGCAAAGAAACAAAACGAUCUUCUAUCCACGCUUGACGAAGAAUUCUGUGUUGGAAAUUUUACAACAGAACGCUUGUUUCUUAUGGCUUUAAACGGAGUCGUGGAUUCUUUCCCCAAGAAGCGUGGUAUAUCCCGCAGCGCUGUUCAUUUGUGGGAAUUUUUACUUGAACUUCUCGCUGAUGAGCGUUAUUCGUCUCUAAUUAUGUGGACAAAGCGAGAGAAAGGCGAGUUCAAACUUCGUAAUCAGGAAGAAGUGGCCAAACGUUGGGGAGAGCUUAAACAGCGCCCGGGAAUGAAUUAUGACAAGCUGAGUCGAGCGCUCAGAUACUACUAUCAAAAGAAUAUUAUAAAGAAAGUCAGUGGUCAGCGGCUAGUGUACAAAUUUGUUGAUCUGCCGUAUAAUUACAAGCCGAUAAAAAACCUUUACGACAGCGGCAUCUUAGAAAGAGAGAACGACGUUCAAACUAAAGAAAAACAAGAAACGAGUUCUGGAAGACAGGAAACAUUUUCUGGGAGACAAGAAGCAUUCCAAGUGAUAUCUCACCAAAGCUACAUCAACAGCACCACCGUCCCAGAGUUCAAAACUCCUCAAGAGCCAAUCAGAAGUCAGCAUGUCAUUCACGUGUCCCCCAUUGCGAACGGAUGUCAUUGUAAUGGAGUGAAUCGCGGAGUCAGGCACAUUUCAGUGCCUGUCAUCAUGACGUGUGGUCACCCUUCAGCUCUACCACGUAAGACCGUCUCUACAGAUGGCCAAGCUUUGGCAUAAAGAGCGUUUCAGUUCAGCUUCAUUUCCUUGUUAUCUAUUUUGUUCCUAUGUUUUCCAAAAAUAUUGUAGCUAGACCAAAGUAAUGUGUCACGCCAGCCUGAUGGGUUUGAUGAUAAAUAACUCGUUUGUUGCGCAUGCGCAAUUUGCAAUUUACGAGUUAAAAAGUGUCACACCAAAUACAGUAAAAUGUUUACAAUGUAGAUUGUGUUCCUUUCACGAUAUUUUAAAUGAAUAGGUCACGCUAUUUUCACGAUUUUUACAUGUCUUCCCUGACUACCAUUGAAAGCAGAAGUGUAUAAUAUUGAUUAAAUCAUGCAAUCUCAGAAAUAUUAUUUAACAAACUGCCUAACAAAGAAUAGAUUAGUGUAGUCUGUCACUCCUUAAAAUGGUGUAUGGAGCUAACGAAUAAUUUCAAAUGUUUAAUUGUUUUUUGCUGUAUUUGUAUUUGAAAAUUAUAAAUGAUUACAUCUAAAAAAGUAAACCAACAAAAACAAACAAAGAUUAUUUUAAGCUUGGUAGCUAGACGGCAUCUUUGUACAAACUUUCCAAAAUUUAAAUCGAUUUGUUUGUAACCUUUUAAAGCUUUGUCUAGUUUUAAUUAUUGAUUAACACGUUGUGUUCUUGUGUAAUUUUAGCUGAUUAUUCAGAACUUCAUUUUCAUUUAAAAUUCAUUUAGUUCAUAUGGGAAAAAAAAGAUAACAAAAUUCGUGACCAGUUUUAUGAUAAUAAUUAAGCCCUGUUAACUACCGCAUCUUGUCGGCGGACACCUCCCUAGCUCAUGAGAUCGCUUGCGUCAACACAGGAGAUCCGGAAGCUGAGGACCCGUCCACACUACGCCGGAGAAAAUUAAAAACGCACCAAUCAGCGGUCAUUUUGGAUUUGUGUUUGAAUAAAACU